ACGAGCGGAAAGAAUUAGCAGCUGUGACGAAGGGACGCACAAAAUCAGCAAAUGAUGCCUUGUGACGCUGCAUUGCUGUUGCCAUGGUGAUGUGCGGAUGUUGAGAAUAACUUUUUUUCAUAGUACAGAAAAGUGCUGGAACCCUAACCUUGGCAGCUGACCUGGUCUGUCGAACAUCAUCGCCACCCAUUUCGGUACUUGCGGGUCGAACUGAGCGUGCUCGCACGCAACAUCAGGUGUCAUCAUGGUACUGGCCGAUCUGGGCCGCAAGAUCACAUCAGCACUGAGGUCGCUCAGCAAUGCCACCAUCAUCAAUGAAGAGGUCCUCAACUCCAUGCUGAAGGAGGUGUGCGCUGCCCUCCUGGAGGCUGACGUGAACAUCAAGCUCGUGAAGCAGCUGCGAGAAAAUGUCAAGGCCGCCAUUGACCUGGAGGAAAUGGCGUCCGGUCUGAACAAGAGGAGGAUGAUCCAGCACGCUGUCUUCAAGGAGCUGGUCAAGCUGGUGGACCCAGGUGUGAAGGCAUGGACACCGGUCAAAGGGAAGAAUAACGUCAUCAUGUUUGUCGGCCUGCAGGGCAGCGGCAAGACCACCACUUGCUCCAAGUUAGCGUAUUACUACCAAAGAAAAGGCUGGAAGACGUGCCUCAUCUGUGCCGACACCUUCAGAGCAGGUGCUUUCGAUCAGCUCAAACAAAACGCCACCAAAGCCAGAAUACCCUUUUAUGGCAGUUACACAGAAAUGGACCCGGUGGUGAUUGCGGCGGAGGGCGUGGAGAAGUUCAAAGGCGAGAACUUUGAGAUCAUCAUCGUGGAUACGAGCGGACGCCACAAACAGGAAGACUCGCUGUUUGAGGAGAUGCUGCAAGUCUCCAACGCUGUGCAACCUGACAACAUCGUCUACGUGAUGGACGCAUCCAUCGGCCAGGCCUGUGAGUCUCAGGCCAAAGCCUUCAAGGACAAAGUGGACGUGGCGUCAGUCAUCGUCACCAAGCUGGACGGACACGCCAAAGGAGGCGGAGCUCUGAGCGCUGUGGCGGCCACCCGGAGUCCGAUUAUCUUCAUCGGCACGGGCGAGCACAUCGACGACUUUGAACCCUUCAAGACCCAGCCGUUUGUCAGCAAACUGCUCGGCAUGGGCGACAUUGAAGGGCUGAUUGACAGAGUCAACGAGCUGAAGUUGGAUGACAAUGAGGAGCUGAUUGAUAAACUCAAACACGGCCAGUUCACCCUCAGAGACAUGUACGAACAGUUCCAGAACAUCAUGAAGAUGGGACCCUUCGGACAGAUCAUGGGUAUGAUUCCUGGCUUCGGAACAGACUUUAUGAGUAAAGGGAAUGAGCAGGAAUCCAUGGCCAGACUGAAGAAACUCAUGACCAUCAUGGAUAGCAUGAACGACCAAGAGCUGGACAGUAAGGACGGUGCCAAGCUGUUCAGCAAGCAGGCAAACCGUAUCCAGCGUGUGGCUCGGGGAGCGGGCGUGGCCACUCGUGAUGUCCAAGAACUUCUAACCCAGUACACCAAGUUUGCUCAGAUGGUCAAAAAGAUGGGCGGCAUCAAAGGCCUCUUUAAAGGCGGAGACAUGUCCAAGAACGUCAAUCCUUCUCAGAUGGCCAAACUCAACCAGCAAAUGGCCAAGAUGAUGGACCCUCGUGUGCUUCACCACAUGGGUGGUAUGCAAGGCCUGCAGUCGAUGAUGCGUCAGUUCCAGCAGGGCGCGGCGGGAAACAUGAAAGGCAUGAUGGGAUUCAACAACAUGUGAGCAGCACAGAAUCACAAAAGGAGGGUGGAGCUCGCUUAUUUUGCGUCUUGAAUGGACGGGACUGGAGGAUGGGCGCAGCUAGCAGUGCAACGUUUCUAUUGGUCCAUUUUUAACCUGAUGUGCAAUCGCAGGUGAAGUCAUCGCUUGUGAAACUUUUCCAAAAGGAAAUCUAUAAAGUUCGCAUGCUGAAGUCUUCUUCUUUUGUUUGUAUUUAAUUAAACUAACAGGAUGUUUCACUCUGAUGCCCAAGCAAAGAAGAAAUUUCUAACAAAUCUGACUUGUUAUCAAACUUAAAUACAGAUUGUUGGCAUCAAGGAACUGUCUUGAAGUAAGGAUCUCCAUGUAGAUAAAAUUAGUGUUUCACCACCAUCUUGUGGCUUCUAUAAGCAAAUUUAAAACAUUUGGGGUCAGGGGGCAAUUUACAUUCAAAUUUUGGAAUUAUUUUACAAUAAAUGAAAAUAUUUGG